AUGCCUCUUGUCCCUCCUCCCGCUUCCUCUUCUCCUCUUUUAGCCAGCAGCCGUGUGGCCCCGCCUACUGUGAGCUCCGUUUCGUUCCACACUGAAGAAGCUGGUGCAACGGCAACAGCAGCCGAUUUCCGUGUUGCUGCUGAUUCAUUGGAAGCAGCAGCAGUAGCAGCUCCCAGGCCUUCUCAUUCUUCAGAGUCCGCCGUACAAACUGAGGGAGAAAAGCAGCAGCUAAACCCACGGUUGAGCCCUGUGUCAGCAAUCCGUUUGGAGCAACAGCAGCGUGAGGGGCAAAUGACGCAAGAACAACUCUCUUCCCAGGCGCAAGAUCCGCAACAGCAGCAGAACGAGGACGGCGAGGGAUUCUUACAAUGCAGUAAGCGCCGUCGUUUUUCGGUGGAACGAAGCGAAUCAACGUGUAUCUUGCCCAGUGGGCAGAUUACUGCGGUCAUUCCUGCAAAUGCUUCUAUUCAAACGACGAGCACCAGUGAUGGAGGCGAGGUGCAGCGACAGCAAAGCCAGCAGCACAUGGACAGUGAUGCACGAAUGGAAGAUCUAGACUUCAGCAGCCACAGGAAGAGAAAAAGAGGGGGAGAGUGCAGUGCGAGACUGCUGCUGAUGCUGCAGCCGAAUGCAUCUACUGCAGACGCCGCAUUGCUAGACGUGUUGGGCACGGCACUUACAGCAGAGGAGACGCGUGAGCUGCGCAUGCAGCAACAGAAAGAGGCAGAAGCAGCAGCCGCAGCAGCUGCUGCGGCAGAGGCAGCGGCACGGGAAAGAACAGCUGCCGCCGCUGCAGCGGAGGCAGCAGCAGUUCGAGCAAAGGCAGCAGCAGAAGCUGAAGAGGUGGCCGCACGUGCCAAGGCACAAGCAGAAGCCUCACAGGCUGCAAUGGCUGCUGCAGCUGCUACUUCAUCUAGAACAACAGAGGGGCCGGAGAAUACGCUCCUUCAGGCAGGAAUGGCAGCAGCGGGUGCAGCCCGUACUGCAGCGGGUGGUACUCCACUGUUUGCAGCUACGAGGCAGUCUGAGCCCCAGCAGCAACUGGCGCAGCACCUGCUGCAGCAGCAGCAACCGCAGCAGCAGCAGCAACCGCAGCCACAGCAGCAACCGCAGCCACAGCAGCAACCGCAGCCACAGCAGCCACAGGAAAAGCAGAUACAACAGGUGCAGCAUCCACCGUCACAGCAGCAGCAGCCAGAGGGACAAAAGCCGCAGGGAACUGUCGGUAAUACUCCAGGCCUUGGGGACGUGGGCGCCGUGCAGGGCCGGCCCAAGUUGCGCAUCCGCAGAGCGAAUGGGGUUGUACCGUCAUCGACAGCUGCGGGUACCGGCACUGCGGCAGCACCGCAGCAGACGGUAGAUUUACAGCAGCAACAACAGCAACAGCAGCCACAUUUUGUGCCCCAGAUACCCUCACUGGGGCAACACGCGCCUCUGCAGCAGCAGAUGGACGUGCAGGGGUCAGUCUUCCAGCCUUCUCAGGUCCAGCAGCACCAGCAGUAUGCUCAGCAGCCGCAACUGCCACAGCAAGUACAGCAACACCAGCCACCUGCUGACGGGCUGGGUCUUGGAUUGGCGGAAUUCGGCCCCACGAAGGUUCCCGACGCCUCUGAUGCAGGUGAGGCGUGUUGCAGUGUGAUGCGGGGAAUCUUAGCCCCACGAAGGUUCCCGACGCCUCUGAUGCAGGCAACAAUCCCUUUGCCUUCGUCGCUGGGCGGGGACGAGGCCGGGGAGGCCGUAGGGGCGGCAUGCGGCGUCGUUAAGGGGGCGCGUGAAAUGAAGUUGUGUUUGCACAUAGUUUGGUGGUGCGAGCGGAUGACUGUGGUAUCUCCGAGUGGGGCUCGAACAGUGAGGCGUGCACACACUCAUGGUGGAACGGGCGGGCUUUUACGUGUCGUCCGCAACCUCGCCCGUACCUUCCAGGUGUAA